ACCCGGCUCGAGGCUUCUCACUGUCCCCCCCUGCUCUCCUUUUGGCCAAGGUGAUGCCUUGCCGUAGCUUCCUGGCCCUGGUCCUGGCCGUGGCCCUGCUGGGGCUGCCGUUCCUGCCAUCGGGCCUUUCCCAGGAAUGUCCCAAGUACAAGGUCAACACCUGCCAGGAGUGUAUCAAGUCAGGCCCAGGCUGUGCCUGGUGCAAGGCUCUGAACUUCGCCGAGAGAGGAGAGCCUGAUUCCAUCCGCUGCGACACGAGUCAGCAGCUCCGGCAGCGGGGCUGCCAGGAAGAUGACAUCGUGAAUCCCCACAGCCUGGUCAGGCCCAUGCCUGAUCCCCCCGGCACCAAGCCAUCCCAGCUGACACCUCAGAACAUCCAGCUCCGUCUGCGGCCAGGUCAGAUGGCAGCAUUCAACCUGACCUUCCGGCGGGCCAAGGGCUACCCCAUCGACUUGUACUACCUCAUGGACCUGUCCUACUCUAUGUAUGAUGACCUGAUCAAUGUGAAGAAGCUGGGGGGUGACCUGCUGAGGGCCCUGAAUGAGAUCACCGAGUCUGGCCGCAUAGGCUUUGGCUCUUUUGUGGACAAGACGGUGCUGCCCUUUGUCAAUACCCACCCCGAGAAGCUGAAGCACCCGUGCCCGACGAAGGACACCCAGUGCCAGCCUCCCUUUGCCUUCAAGCAUGUGCUGAGGCUCACCGAUAACUCCAACCAGUUCAAGAGUGAGGUCGGGAAGCAGCUCAUCUCUGGGAACCUGGAUGCCCCUGAGGGGGGCCUGGAUGCCAUGAUGCAGGUGGCCGUGUGCCCGGAUGAGAUCGGCUGGCGCAACGUGACCCGCCUGCUGGUGUACGCCACCGACGACGGCUUCCACUUUGCCGGGGACGGGAAGCUCGGUGCCAUCCUUACGCCGAAUGACGGCCGCUGCCACCUGAGGAACAACCUCUACGAGGACAGCAACAAGUUCGACUACCCCUCCGUGGGGCAGCUGGCCCAGAAGCUGGCAGAGAACAACAUUCAGCCCAUCUUCGCCGUGACCAAGAAAAUGGUCUCGACGUAUGAAAAACUCACGGAGAUCAUUCCCAAGUCAGCCGUCGGGGAGCUGUCCGACGACUCCAGCAACGUGGUCCAGCUCAUCAAGAACGCGUACAACAAACUGUCCUCGAGGGUCUUCGUGGAUCACAGCAUCAUCCCGGACACCCUGAAGGUCACCUACGACUCCUUCUGCAGCAAAGGCCAGUCGAGUGUGGACCAGCUCAGAGGAGACUGUGACGGCGUCCAGAUCAAUGUGCCGAUCACCUUCCAGGUGAAAGUGACUGCCGCUGAGUGUGUCAAAGAGCAUUCCUUCACCAUCCGGCCCCUGGGCUUCACUGACACCGUCAACGUCCAGGUACUGCCCCUCUGCGAGUGCCAGUGCGAGGGUGAGAAGCUCAACAGGAAGCACUGCGAUGACAAGGGCUUUGUGGAAUGCGGCAUCUGCAGGUGUGACCCGGGCCACAUCGGCAAGACAUGCGAGUGCCAGACCCAGGGCAAGAGCAGCCAGGAGCUGGAGGGGAGCUGCCGGAAGGACAACGGCUCGGUGCUGUGCUCGGGCCUGGGGGACUGUGUGUGCGGGCUGUGCACCUGCCACAUCAGCGACAACCCCAACAAGCAGAUCUACGGGAAGUUCUGCGAGUGCGACAACGUCAACUGCGAGCGCUACGAGGGCCAGGUCUGCGGGGGCGGAGGUCGAGGCCGCUGCGACUGCGGCAAAUGCCUCUGCUCGCCGGGCUUCGAAGGGACGGCGUGCCAGUGCCAGAAGUCCACCGAGGGCUGCCUGAACAUCCGCAAGGUCGAGUGCAGCGGCCGCGGGCGCUGCGAGUGCAACGUGUGCAAGUGUGACAUGGGCUACCAGCGCCCGCUGUGCGAGGAGUGCCCGGGCUGCCCGUCCCCCUGCAGCCAAUACGUCUCCUGCGCCGAGUGCCUGCAAUUCCAGACGGGCCCCUUUGCCAAGAACUGCAGCGUGGCGUGUUCCGGCCUCACCCUGUCCCUGACCCCCCUGCGGGGCAAGUCCUGUAAGGAGCGGAACUCGGCCGGCUGCUGGCUGACCUACACCAUGAAGCAGCUGGACGGGCGGGAGAAGUACCAGAUCUACGUGGAUGAGAAGCAAGAAUGCGUGGCGGGGCCCAACAUCGCCGCCAUCGUCGGGGGCACCGUGGUCGGCGUCGUGCUCAUCGGGGUGCUGCUGCUGGCCGUCUGGAAGGUCCUGACGCACUUCAGCGACCUCCGCGAAUACAAGCGCUUCGAGAAGGAGAAGCUCAAAUCCCAGUGGAACAACGAUAACCCCCUUUUCAAGAGCGCCACGACGACCAUCAUGAAUCCCAAGUUCGCCGAGAACUAGGCGCCGCCGUUGCCUUCCGGAACACCCAGCAGGGCUGUGCGAGGACCCUCUGCCGGCAGCCCCGGGGCCGCUUGAACCCCAACCCCGAUUAGACUUGGACCUGUCUGGAGGAGCUGCCCGGCGUCUGGCUGGAUCUUCUCCCGCCUUCCUCGGGGAGGAUUCUGGAGCUGGAGGCCCCCCACCCCCACCCCAGCCCCCCACCGCUUCUCCUCCCCCGCGGCCUUGCUGUUCGGCCCACACGACUGCUCGUGUUCACACGCCUCCUUCCUGCACCUGAGGGGUCCCUCCAUCCACCCUCCGCUUCUGUGCUGAGCCUGAAAAUCCGCGAGCUGGCUCGGGGCGGAGAAGCAGCCCUCGAGCUGGGAAGUCCUGGGUUCCAAUCUGGAUUCAGACAUGUCCUAGCUGUGUGACCUUGAGCAAGUCACUUAACCUCCAUUGCCCAGCCCGUUGCAGCUUCUGUUUGGAGCCAAAGGAAGCGAAGGGUUAAAAAAGGGAUAGAAUGACCUAAACGCUGUAGGCUGCGGUGCCGAAACAUGGGUGCGAGGGUGGCAGGGCAGAAUGGACGGACGGACGGGUGGGCAGAGGAGCGGGCGGAGGGACAAACAGGUACCAGGCGAAUGGGCCGCCCUUACUGUGAAGUCCGAAGGGCCCAUCGAUGCUGGAACAGGACCCAGAGCUGGGGGUGUCUACACUGUCCUCCUCCUCAUUUCGCCCAGGGCGUUCCCCCAGGCUCCCUCUGGUGGGUCAUACAGCAGAGUCCGGCCCUCCGGGAGCAGGCGCUGACCGCCGGGCUCUCCCGUCUCCCCCAAAGCUGGCAGCAGAGCAGAUGCAAGCGAGCCCCGGUUACAGCUAAUGGCGCUUCUCCUUUUUUCUAAACUUCCAUUAAAAUGCCGCCUGCUGGCCCCGGC